CAGCCCACAGUUUCCUGUUAAAUGUUUUGUCACUCUUUUAUCACUCACUCUUCCUCUUUAAACAUCAGCUCGACUCUUCUGUUUGCCAUCUGAAAGGAAAGAUGUGGACGUCUGGAAUCUGUCUGAUUCUUUUACUCAACCCUGGAUGUGUUGCUGCACAAACAAGCAGCUGUGCGUGUUACAUUCUGGAUGGCAUUCUGAUUGUGUACUGCAUCGUGUUGACCGUCCUUUACUGCAGAUUAAGGAUGCAGCAGACUAAUGCAAAUAACAGCACUCACACAGAGAAACAAGAAGGUGGAAUCUAUGAGGAUUUACAGCAUACACAUCAAGACACCUACGACAUGCUUCAUGGAACAAAUAAGAAACCGUUGGCCUGAUCAUCUCUGAAACUCUGCAGCUCAUUCAAUAUUCCUGUGAAAUACAGCUCAAAGAUAACAGUAUACAUGUUGCUUUAAGGCAUUUCAGUAUAAUCUUGUUUUAUAAGUAAAUACACAAACAAGCAGAGCAUCGUAAACAAAAGCUUCUCUUUUGUAGCUGUAGCAUAGAUAGUCAAUGCAUAGAAUACUUCUGUAACUAAAGCUUUUACAAAUAAUAAAUAACUCAACACAG